CUGACAGUUUCUGUUGUCUUUUUGAUUUCGACGGUCUGUGUAAGUUUAAAAGCUGUGAACAAAAAUCUCACAACAGUUAUCGGACAAUUUUACUUCUCAACCUUAUUGUGAAUACGUACGUUUCCAUCUUGAGGUGGUGUUCAAUCCGUUCCGAGUAAUGAAAGAUCGGCAAACCGCACCAGGAGAUGGUAUUAGAUCUCUAAAAACUUCCAGAGUGUUUCGGAUCAUCAACUUUGAACUCUACUCUAAACCGAAUAAGGUGAUCAUGGCAUUAGGACUUGUAUCAAUAUCAUUCACUUUUGGAUAUUUGGUAUAUAUGAGACACCAAUAUGAAAAAAUGGGAUAUUACCCAGCUGUUGCUGAAGAUGGCCGUCAUGAAGUAUAUAAACAAAGACAAUCCAAAUGGGAUUGA